UAUGAUAAAAUUAUUCUUGCCAAAGUUUAUGUAACAAUUAAAUAUUUUAAUUUUGCAGAUAUAAAGUCAAUAUGAAUAGACGACCUAAGAGAAAAAAUAUAAAAAAACCUUUGCGUUAUGAAACUACCGAAUCUUCUGACAAUGAAGGGGAAUCAGCUAAACGAUAUAAAGAGCAAAACAAGACUUCUGUUACAGAUGAGAUCAGAAAUAUUCGAAAGAAUUUAUCACAAUAUGAGAAUGAAGAAUUGGCUAAACAGAAAGCAAUUAACAGUGCAUCCAAAUAUCAUUCUGCAUCCAUAAUAGGUCUGUUCUUUAUAGCUGAACUAGUGCAGCCAGUUCAGCUAUAAAGAACAGACCUAAAGUUACCCUCAACUGACAAAUCAACUUGCCGUCACAUAUAGAUGAUUCAUCUAUACAUGGUUCUCAACCAAUUAUUGCAUCUCAAUUGGCAUUAAAUUCUCGACCUUUUGCCAAUACAACUCCGAUAUCUCACGAUCAAUUUCCAGUAACAUCUGUAACAAAUUCAUCUAUCGUAUCUCAAUCUUCAUUUUGUACGAUAUCUAAGCCUUCAUGUUCUUCAACAAUUAAACAUCCAUCAUUUACAAAUUCUCAAACAUUCUCAGAAUCUCAGAUUUUAUCUUUUCCAUUAACUUCAAUGAUUGAUACUGAACAAAUACGUAAUAAAAAAUAUGAUUAUGAAAUGAAUAAUAAUACAGAGUGUCCUAUCGGAAAUAUAAAAAUACCUUGUCAAAAUGCAACUAAACAUCUUUCAUCAUAUGAAUGUUUGCCAGUAUCAUCGGCAUCUCAUAUUCCACCAUUAAUUCCGAUGACAAAUAAUAUGGUUCAUUAUACACCACAUCAUAAUAGAGAAUCAACACGUAAUCAGAAGAUGGCACAUCUUGAAAAUACAAUUGAAUCGUCUUCAGUAAUAAGUCCUGAAUCUUAUACAUCAUCUUCACCUCAAUCUUAUUCAUCCUCACGUGUCACGUGAUUCCGAGACUCCAUCAUUGACUUUGCUGUCAGCUCCAGUACCUCAUAAUAAUGUUACUUAUAACACACAACCUAAUUAUACACUCACUUCUAAUCACAAACAUACCUAAUCCCACCAUAACGUAUCAUCAAAAUACUCUGCAGGAAAAUACUAAUAUUAUCAAUGAAAUUAAAAUGCAAGUGAUGGAAUGUGUGAGAAACGUAAUGACAGAAUUCAGAACGAGGAAUCAAUGCUUACAUAUAGAAAAAAUAAAUAGAAGACCUGUGAAACCAAACAUAAUCCCGUUUCACACUGUUGAAGCAGUAUUAAAGUUUAAUCGGUCAGACGACACAAUAUAUACCGAAAUAGUAGAAUACCUUGCAUCCAUUGGAGGACGAAAUGCAAAAGAAAUAAUACAUUUGGCGUUUAAAGAGAUUUUUACUACAAAUGUAGCCCUAUCAUUCACAUGGACAGGCAAAGACAAUAAUAACCGCUCUAUAAAGGAAAAGUUAUCGGAUCAACGAAUAAUUAAUGCUUUAUAUGAUGCUACUUCUGUACAUUCAAAAUUAACAACGGCUGAGUUUAAAUAUUACGUAUCGGAAGCCUUACGCUCAGCUAAACAAAGACACUGACAUCAACAGCGUAUGCACUCAAGAGAUCAAAAUGAUCAAGACGAAUCGCGCGAAGAAGAUCUUCAUCAAGUAAAUUAAUAAGUUGAAAGUUUUUGUUUAUAAAGU